AUGGGUUUACUUUCGCCAGGGUAUACUUCCAUUAGUACAAAAGUAAUUUUCUUUAAAGGAGACAUUCAAUGCAGUGAAAACCUGAGAGAAGUUGUAAGGCUACCACCUGCGAAGGAUAUAACUGAAUGGCCUGCAUUGGCUUGUUGUCAACAAUGUGUAGAUUUCGUCAACCACAUAAAUCUACUAGAAAGAACCCUAGCUGAGUUCUACAAGCCAGAGAAAUAUCUGACCAGGUCUACAAAUCCUAAAUACGAGUAUAAAUGGAAGCUUACAAGUGAAUUACACAUGAACUGCAAGUGUUAUACUGUAGGUGGAAAGGACAAAUACUCUUGCUUUUCUUCCGAUUGCAAAUUAUCUCAUUCUUUAAAUCCUUCAAGUCCUUGGCCUUGGCCUCGAAAGGAGUAUUGA